CGUCGAAGGCAAUGAGCAUCAUGAACAGCUUUGUGAAUGAUAUCUUCGAGCGCAUUGCUGCCGAGGCGUCUCGUCUGGCUCACUACAACAAGCGCUCGACCAUAACCAGUCGGGAGAUCCAAACGGCUGUUCGCCUGCUCCUGCCCGGAGAGUUGGCCAAGCACGCCGUCAGUGAGGGAACCAAGGCUGUCACCAAGUACACCAGCUCCAAGUAAUUUUCUCUUGCUGCGUAUGGGCAGAAAGAUCCAAAACGGCCCUUUUCAGGGCCACAACACAUUUUACCAAAGAAACUACAUUUUCAAUAUACCAUUUGCCAAUCAAAUUCGUGAUAUAA